GGUAAUAGGGAUAUCUGCAAGAACUCUUACGAGAAUGAGUAGUUCAACGUCAACGUCAUCGCCAUUUAGUCGUAGCAGGACACGAUUAGGGAAAUACGAAUUAGGUAAGACAUUAGGUGAGGGAAGUUUUGCUAAGGUAAAGUUUGCCAAAAAUGUACAAACAGGUGAAAAUGUAGCCAUCAAAAUCAUCAAUCGUGAUCGCGUCCUACGACAGAACAUUAUGGAACAGAUUAAAAGAGAAAUAUCAACGAUGAAGUUGAUCAGACAUCCAAAUGUCGUAAGGAUCUUUGAGGUUAUGGCUAGCAAGACGAAGAUCUAUAUUGUCCUCGAGUAUGUACAUGGAGGAGAGCUCUUUGAUGAAAUUGCAAGACAUGGCAGACUCAAAGAAGACGAAGCUAGAAGAUACUUUCAACAGCUUAUUAAUGCCGUUGAUUACUGUCAUAGUAGAGGUGUUUUCCAUAGAGACUUGAAGCCUGAGAAUCUAUUGCUGGAUUCAUUUGGUACUCUGAAAGUUUCCGACUUUGGAUUGAGUGCACUUUCCAAGCAAGUUCGAGACGAUGGACUUCUUCAUACUGCUUGUGGCACACCAAACUAUGUCGCCCCUGAGGUGUUAACUGACAAAGGCUAUGAUGGUACAACAACUGAUGUCUGGUCCUGCGGAGUCAUUCUCUUUGUUCUAAUGGCUGGAUACUUACCUUUUGAUGAACCAAACCUAAAUGCUCUAUACCGAAAAAUCCUUAAGGCUACUUUUUCACUUCCACCAUGGUUGUCCUCCAGCUCAAAGAAUCUGAUCAAGCGUAUUCUUGACCCGAAUCCACUCACGAGGAUCACUAUUCCAGAGAUCCUCGAAGAUGAAUGGUUCAAGAAAGAUUACAAGCCGCCUCCUUUUGAGCAAGAUGAAGAUGUCAAUCUAGAUGACAUUGAUGCCAUUUUCAAUGGCUCGGAUGAUCAUCUCAUUACAGAAAGAAAGGAAAAACCUGCUUCUGUCAAUGCGUUCGAGCUCAUUUCAAGGUCAAAAAGUUUCAACCUAGAAAAUUUGUUCGAAAAACAGGCCCUUGUCAAGAGAGAAACACAAUUUACUUCCCGGUCGCCUGCUAAUGAGAUUAUCUCCAAAAUUGAGGAAACUGCAAGACCAUUGGGAUUCAGUGUCCAGAAGAAAAAUUACAAGAUGAAGUUACAAGGCGACAGGACCGGAAGGAAAGGCCACCUUGCUGUAGCAACAGAGGUGUUUGAAGUAGCACCCUCAUUGCAUUUGGUUGAGCUCCGAAAAACUGGUGGUGAUACAUUAGAGUUUCACAAGUUCUACAAGAACUUCUCUUCAGGAUUAAAAGAUAUCGUCUGGACAACUGAACAAACAACCGAACAACCCUCUGAAGAAAAAGGGUCUUAACAAGUGGUGGUUAUUGCAACGAGAGUUUACACGAAUAGAGAUACUUUGCACAGAUAUAUCGAUAAUCCAUUGUUUCUCUAUCUGAAUUUUGAUCCAUAUACGCAGUAUAAUAGCGAGAUAUGUUGACACAAAGGAGGACAAAUGCGUGUACAGUUUCAAUGCACAAGAACCCCU